AUGAAGGCCGCCCAAGCUAAAGCCGAGCAGUUACGCUCUGACACGGUGGAACCGGCGCAGGAGUCUCGACUCACGAGCGACUUCGGUACCAAGCAGUCCAACACCGACGACUGGCUUCGGGUCGCGAACGGCGAUAAGACAGGCCCCUCGCUGCUGGAGGAUGCUUUCGGUAGGGAAAAGAUUCACAGAUUCGAUCAUGAGCGCAUCCCCGAGCGUGUCGUCCAUGCCCGUGGCGCCGGAGCUCACGGCACCUUUCGUCUGUUUGAGUCCGCCAAGGACGUGACACACGCCGGCGUUUUGACCGACACCUCGAGAGAAACACCCGUCUUCGUCAGAUUUUCCACGGUUCUUGGAAGCAGAGGCUCAGCCGACACCGUCCGCGAUGUCCGUGGAUUUGCUGUCAAGAUGUACACCGAAGAAGGCAACUGGGACAUUGUCGGAAACAACAUCCCCAUCUUCUUCAUCCAGGAUGCGAUGAAGUUCCCCGAUCUCAUCCACGCGGGCAAGCCUGAGCCGGACAACGAGAUCCCUCAGGCGCAGUCGGCGCACAACAACUUCUGGGAUUUUAUGUUCAUGCACUCUGAAGCUACACACAUGUUCUUGUGGGGAAUGUCGGAUCGCGGAAUUCCCAGAUCCUACCGCAUGAUGCAGGGAUUUGGUGUCAACACCUAUACACUGGUCAAUGCCGAGGGCAAGCGCCAUUUCGUCAAGUUCCACUAUACACCAGAGCUCGGCGUGCACUCCCUUGUCUGGGAUGAGGCGCUCAAGAUCUGUGGCCAGGACCCCGACUUCCACCGCAAGGACUUGAUGGAGGCCAUUGAGAAUGGCGCGUUCCCCAAGUGGAAGUUUGGUAUCCAGACAAUCGCCGAGGGCGAGGAAGACCAGUUUGACUUUGAUGUCCUGGAUGCGACAAAGGUCUGGCCCGAGGACCUCGUUCCCAUCCGCUACAUCGGUGAGCUCGAGUUGAACCGCAAUGUCGAUGAGUACUUCACCGAGACGGAGCAAGUUGCAUUCUGCACGAGCCACAUCGUUCCCGGUGUCGGCUUCUCCGACGACCCCCUUCUGCAGGGCCGCAACUUUUCCUACUCUGAUACGCAGCUCAGCCGUCUGGGCGUCAACUGGCAGGAGCUGCCCAUCAACAAGCCUGUCUGCCCGAUGAUGAACUUUAACCGCGAUGGCGCUAUGCGACACCGCAUCACCAAGGGCAAGUUCAACUACUGGCCCAACCGAGGAGAGGUGCAGCCGCCGGCGGCGACCUCAGAGGGUGGCUAUCACGAUUUCCCUCAAAAGGUCAGCGGAAUCAAGGUGCGCGGCAAGAGCGAAAAAUUCAAGGACCACAUCUCCCAGGCGCAGCUGUUUUACAACUCGCUCAGCCCCAUUGAGAAGAAGCAUCUGCAGGCCGCUCUCUCAUUCGAGCUUGACCACUGCGACGACCCGGUCGUGUACACGCGUGUGACCAAGAGACUCGCCGAGAUUCACCCUGAGCUGGGAGAUAUGAUUGCGCAGAUGGUGGGCGGCCCUGCGCCACCGCAGCCCGAGAAGCAGAAUCAGGGCAAGAAGGCUCCUGGUCUCAGCCAGCUCGAGUACGUGCCCAAGAAUGUCACAAUAGAGUCGCGCAAGGUCGCCAUUUUGAUUGCCGACGGCUACGACGGCGUCGCAUUUGCGGCCAUGAUGGGUGCGCUGAAAGGUGCAGGGGCUAUUCCCGUGAUUCUUGGACCACGGCGCUCGACCAUUUAUGCCGCGGGCGAAGACCAACACAGCAGCUCCAACAAGGGCGUCGUGCCCGACCAUCACUUUGAAGGCCAACGCAGCACGCUCUUUGAUGCGCUCUUCAUUCCUGGCGGCGAGAACUCCAUCAAGCAGCUCACCAGCAAGGGUCGCGCUAUCCAAUACGUCCGAGAGGCUUUCGGCCAUCUCAAGACUGUCGCUGCUACGGGCGAGGGUGUGCGCAUGCUCGAGAAAGCGAUCCAGCUGGACCAGGUCAAGCUGUCAGAUGGCGCGGAAUCUGUCUCUAGCUACGGUGUCGUAUCGCUCGCGAAGCCCAGCCCCGAGAGCCUCGGCCAGGUCGUCAAGGCGGUCAAGAAUGCCAAGACCUUCCUGGACCAGUUUGUCUACGCAGUGAGCGAGCACCGAAACUGGGACCGUGAGCUUGAGGGAUUGGUAGACCUCGUUGCCUACUAA